UAUAGAGCUAGAGUCUAGAGACAGUGGAGGACACUCUAGAAGAUAUUGCUCAACGGUAAAAGCGACGGUACCAUCAGGCAUCACUGCAUCUGACUCUCAGCACAAACUAACACAGGGAGAGAAGUGUCUGCAACUAAGUAUAGUUGGUAACAGUUGCUAGCAGUCAAACAGCAAGCGGAGAUCAGGUUCGCUCGCCUCCCCGUUUCCUAUCCGUGUGUCAAAUCGCUAGCUUCCGUGCAGUUUGACCUCUUCCAAGAUGUUGCGAGGAUUUAUCCUUCUCCUGUUCAUCCUUAGCUUUUUCUGCGGCUUGGCGUCGCUAUUCGGCAACGACUGGGCGAGUAUACGGCGAGAAGGCCAGACGGUUACGCUAGGGUUAUGGUGGGAAUGCAGACAGAUCAAUACCAACAACACGAUGAGCCUCACGUCGGUGACUGGCGGUGGAACAGGUUUCGAGCUGUGCCUCAACUACGGCCUCGACGGUGAAGGAGUUGAAACUCGUGUACUCCUUACUCGGUGGAUAGCCGUCGGCGGACUGGGUAUUGGCAUUGUGACGUUCCUGCUGCUAAUCCUGGCCGUGCGGGAGGAUGCUCUUGACGAGGAGGAGAAGGGCAACGCGUGCAGCAGCAACUUUCUCAUUGUGUUCUGGCUGACGCUGCAAGGUCUGGCUAUGGUUGCAUCACUGUCCUCCUACUCGCACUACUUUGUCAACGAUCUGAAGGACAUGGACUUCAGCCUGGGCUGGGCGUUUGCCAUCGGCUGGGCAUCGGCCGGUGUCUUCCUGCUCAGCGGCUUCAUUCUAACGCUAGGCGCUUGCCUGACUGGCGACUGUCGGUGCAGCGACGAGGAGGAAUAGUGAGUAGACAAACGGAUGAUGAUUUGAGUACAUAGGAUUAUAUGACGCCCGCUAUGCAGUCACCAACACCCCAGCACCCCAACGGGUCAAUGCCAAUGCAGUGGACUGGUUUCAAUGCGGCCAGGAACAAAAGCAAGUGAUGCGCUGAAUGUCAAACCCGAGUUGCUCGGGAGAACACCGAAUCGAUGCGCACGCACGCACGCCCACACUUUUAUUAUUGUUUCACGACGCCUGAAGAUGUUUGCCGCAUUUCUCGGUGAAGCGCAGGUGCAUGCUUUGAUUGGAUCUGCCCUCUUUCUGCUGCAUACUGUGAAUAUCGGAGAGACAACUGGCUGUGCAGAGAAAGUUUGCAAAGUCUACAUUUACGAUUGCACGUGAUGUCUGAUAUAAUACUUCACAGUACACUGAAGUUCAUGGUUUUUCAUUUUAAAAUCGAACAUGAGUGCAUUGUGCACCAUGGGCGUUCGUGUCAUUUCAUUUUUUUGUUUUGCUGCGGUACUGCAAGCUGUGUGCUAAGUAAUUAAUUAAUCAGAGUCACUAUUGCUCAAACUAUUCCCAAGUGGAAGUGUAACACGGUGAAAUCAUGGCGCAUAUCACAUGACGUUGUACAGUAUUACUAUUAGCUGAGUAUUAGGUACUUUCAAGAUUCUACACACACUCCAUAGCACUGGCCAUUAUGAGGUAUAUAAGGUUACACAUUACAACAAUCCUUUUCUAAUUAUUGCAGUCCUUCCCAGAUGUUUUCAUUGACUCAUGAUUGCGAGAAUUGUCGGCUUCUGUAUCAAAAUUUAUUCUCCAUAGUUGUUCUACGA